CCCAGCCUGUCGACACGGAACCACCCUGCCCAGACCAUGGGAGCUCCUCGCCUCAGCGCCUUUCACAUCCUACAGGCGCUGUGUGUCCUGCUGAUUCUGUUGGAAGAUGGACCCCAGAGCACCAGGGCCUCUGCCUGUCCCCGGCGAUGCCCUGCAAACUCCAAAUGUCUCAAUGGCACUGCCUGUCGCUGUGAUCCGGGAUUCAAAUCUUCAUCUGGGGAGAUUGACAUCAGCUACAAGGAUCUUUGUGACGACAUUGACGAAUGUGAACAAGGCAAGCUAGAGACUCUCUGUGGAAGAGAGGCAGACUGCCAUAACACGAAGGGGAGCUACUACUGCACAUGCAUCCCAGGAUACAGGCUUGUUUCUGGGGCAGCAAAGUUCAGUGAUGCUAGUGAGAACACAUGUCAAGGUAAGAAUGACCCUGCAUCUUCCAUCUCCCUGUCCAUGACACUUGGAGUCACCAGAGCCAUUCCUGCGGCAUACAGGGUGCCAGGCCCUGGUGAUAGGUGCAGCCCCCAGGUCUGAGUGGGACAAGUGUGCCUGUGCCUGUCCCACUAGCACAGAGAGGCAGGGUGGCAUGAGAGCCAAGGCCCCAAGUCCUGGUAUUGCUAUCUGACAGCUGUGUAUGCAGUGCCAGCCAGGACACUUAUUCAGAAAUCAUUGG